AUGCCCUUCAAACGCCCAGCCCCCAAUCCGACGCAGUCAGCCUCCGCGUCCGGGUCUUCCUCGUCUUCAGGCUCACCACCUCCCGCGAAACGCUCCAAGGCCUCCAUGACCAAGUCUCUGCCGGAGAUAAAGGUAUACCUUGUGCAAGCGAAACUCGACGCGGCCGCCAUCGCUGAACUGCUCACUCUGGGAGAGCGGCAUACGAAGGGCGUUUGCGAGAACGCGGCGGACGCGGACAUUAUCCUCACGGCUAUAAGCAUGCGGCGGCGGUUCGAGAGGCAUGUUCCCUGGGACAUCGCGACGUCAAAAGCAGUAGUGACGCCCCAAUGGCUACGAGACUCUAUCGAGCACGGGUCCGCGCUACCAUGCGGAGACUACGUCGCCAUCGAAGACCUCCACGAGACGACGGUGAAGAACUGCCCAGACUGCAACUGCAAGCCCUGCGCGUGCGCGGACUCCUCCGCGAGCGCGUUAUCUCCGUCGUCCUCCCCAAGACGCUCUGCUGCUCAUGGCCCAGGACAUCUCCCUUCCCCUCCGACGUCUCCUUGCACAUCGCGGCAUGAUGCCUCUGGUCAAGCCGCGCCAAUACCGGCGCAUCUACUCCCGCCAGACCCGCCCAACGUGACCGACCUCGAGAAGCUCAACUAUAUGUCUCUAUACGCGUGUCAGAGGGCGUCGCCUCUCGUAUGCCCGAACCAGGACCUCGCGCGCGAACUCGAUAUCAUUCGACAAAGCCGGGCACUGGAGGGUGAGGAUCGCAGUGCGUUGAGCUACCAGCGCGCCAUCUCCGUGAUCAAAGCGUACCCCGAGAGAAUCCGGUCGCUCAAGCAGGUGCAGAAGCUGCCUUACAUAGGCGUGAAGAUCUCAGGUCUGGUCGACGAGUUCCUCGACAACGGCCACAUCUCCGAGGCGCAAACGAUCAAAUCCUCCGAGCGCUUCCGCACCCUCUCGCUCUUCACCUCCAUCUACGGAAUCGGCCCGCACGCCGCGCGCCGCCUCUUCGCCCUCGGCCUCCGCUCGCUCGCCGACCUCGAGAUCUACUAUGGGGUCGAACCCUCCUCUUCCCCAACCCAACCAUCACAAAUAGUCGAGGUAGAGCCGGAGAAAUCGCGCCAGGCGGGGUGGAAGGGCCCGGGGAAGGAUAAGGAUAAAGGUGGGCAGGACGAGGGGCUGGGGGAGAGCUGGAUCCGGGUCGCGCUCGGGCUGCGGGAGGAUCUGAGUAAGAUGAUCCCGCGGGACGAGGUCGAGGAGAUCGGGCGCGUCGUGAUGCGCGAGCUCGACGCGCUCGAGCCGGGCUGCGUCUCCACGAUCGUCGGCGGGUACAGAAGGGGAAAAACGGAGAGCAACGACGUCGACAUCGUGUUCACGCACCCGGACGCGGGCAAGGUGAAGGGCCUCUGUAAGCGCUUCGUCAAGCACUUGCACGAACGCGGAAUGGUCACCCACGUCAUGCACCUGUCGAGCUUCCACGCACACGACCCACUCCGAACAACGCACUGGGACACACUCGAGAAGUCGCUCACCGUGUUCGUCCUCCCGCGCGCGGGCGCGGUGCGCCGCCGGCUGGACCUUAUAUUUGCGCCGCCGGAGGUGUAUUGGACUGCUGUCGUUGGAUGGAGUGGGUCGAUCAUGUUCCAGCGGGACCUGAGGCAGUGGGCGAAGGAUCGGUGCGGGAUGAAGUUUGAUAGUUCCGGAAUAACACGCCGGUACGACUCGAAAGAGUUCCACCCGCGGACGGAGAAGGAGGUGUUCGAGCUGCUCGGGCUCGAGUGGGUCGAUCCCGUUUGGCGGAACGCGGACUUGUGACUGGGGAAGGUGGUGUUUUAUCGCUUUGUAUGGGACGGUCUUGGUGUAUUUGUUGUAUUUGUGCCUAUGUGUUGUACGCGUACUGUGGUUGUACUGAUGAUAGGCCUUUGGACG